AUAGUGGGCUCUCUUUGAAGAAACAUUUCAAAUGAAUUGAAUUUUAUUCAAGAACUUCUCUUUUCUUGAAAAGGGUGUCAAUAAAUUUUUCCAAAAAUCAAAUCUUUUUUACUUUUUUACAGUAUGAAGACUUUUGGGUUCUCUGUUCUGUUCUUGAUGAUGGGAAUUACAGCCUUUUUAUCCUUUUUUUGCUUCAACACUGGAGGAAUGUCCUUCAAAUGGCAAAAUACCGAUACAACGAUGACCAUAAAGAACAGAAAGCUGCAGGAAAAUGGCUACGGUCCAAGCAUCAAUGAGGACGAUUCAAGCAAGUUAGGCCUGGAAGAUUAUCGUCCCAUCGAUCCAGUUCCAAGCUCAAAAGCUUCCGUAAAACCAGGACCUAUUGAGCAUGGUACUCCUCUUAUGCCUUAUAUUCCUAAGCCUUCACCUCCUCCUAUUAGCACUAUCGAUGGGCUCCCAUAAGCUCAUCGUUAAUCCACUUCCACCGCUGUGCUAAAGUUGGGCAAGUGUUGUUUUUGCUUACAAAAAGCUGUCUUUGCUAAUUUUGUGUUGUUCUUGUAAAUUUUUUCGUUGAAACACUCUGUAUUACCAUGGUAUGUAACUUCUAGUACGCCUCUAGCUAGGCGAUACUUGCACAAGUUAUCAGUUAUCUAUGUAGUUGAAUUUCGUACAUAACUGAUAAUUCUUUGCUA